AUGCUCGGACCGUUCAGAUCUACGCUUGUGAAUCUUGGUGGGUUACUUUGGAAGCGUCCAUGGAGAUUGUCGUCCACACAAAAAUAUAGACAGAGGAAGCGAAUGCAGCAGGUGGAUGCUAACAUUGAGAAUUUAUUCCAAGGGCUCAAAGCCAAUAGUAUGAAGACCCGCAAAGUCAACCAGUUGAAAUAUGAUUUCCCCAAGGAAAAGGAUAUGGAAGCUAAAGAUAAGUAUACCGUUUUCAACAAGCACUCUAGAGGUUACAGGAAGGCUGCUCACUUUGUGCCCAAGUGGACAAAGUUAUCCUUGAGAGAUAAUCCCAAACACUUUUAA